UUCGACGGCCACGACAUCGCCUUCUUCGACGACAUCGACGCCCUCCCCUCGGUCUUCCAGACGGCCAACACCGACUCGGCCGGCGAGCUCCUGAUCGACUUUUUCCGGUACUGGAGCAAGGAGUUCAACUACGCGCACCAGGUCGUCAGCAUCCGCAGCGACAAGGGCACCCUCCAGAAGGUGGCCAAGGGGUGGCACACCGACUUCGAGUUCGACCCCGAGUUGAUCGUCCGCGACCAGCACAAGCUCUGCAUAGAAGACCCGUUCCAGCUAGACUACAACGUCGCGAGGACCGUCACGCGCGACGGCCUGUACACC